GGGGCGGGGCGGCACCGCCCCCUUCCGCGCGGGUCGCUCCGAAGCGCGGACCGCCCGCCCGCGCGCUUUUCUGCCCGCCCGGCUCCGGCGGCCGCCAUCGGCCCGGCCCCGCCGCCCCAUGGCAACGGCGCGCGCCUGAGGCCUCGGCCCCGAGGGUGCUCCGCGCCCCGCCAUGGUGGGCAGGCUGGCCCUGGCCGCCGCCUCGCUCCCGGACAAGGACGGCGACGUGCAGCCAUGCAAGAAACGGCGAGAGGAAGAUGCUUCUGUCAAAACAAUCACACGAUACUUCUCACCGUUAGCAAAAACAGGGGAUAAAGUGUUGUCACCGCCAAAACCUAACAAUAUACUGGAUUAUUUUAAAAAGACAUGUGUAACUGAGAAAGCUACGGUACCAGCUGUAGCUGGAGAAAAUAAAGCACAGUUUGAUGGUGAUGAUAAAGACUGCAAAUCACAUCAUAAACCACCUUCAAAGCUGAAGAGGAAAAGGAAGAGAGUUAAUUUAAAUAACAAACUGAGAGAGAUGAAAGAACCUGAGAAUGAAGGCGCAAUAGAAAUUAAUUGCGAUGACAGCAGAGAAACAACAGAGCUAAAACAAGAUAGUAAUGAUUUCAUUGCUACCUGUACUUUAGUUGACCAAAGCCGUGUAGGAGAAUCAGCUGAAGAUAAUACACAAGGUGAGAACUUCUCAGAUGCAGACAUCUACCGAAAAAGUGUGAAGAAAUGUGGUUCUGAAAUAAAUGCAGUAAAAAACAGGAUAAGAAAAUCAAGGAAAAGGAAGCACAAAGUAUAUGUGGAUUUGUCUGAAAGCUUUUCAUUUGAAAACCAGCUGAAUGAAGAGUGUAAAAAGGAAACUAAAGAUAACAAAAUGAUACCUCCUGAAAUAGGGGAGUGUGAUGCUAUUACUAUUAGUGACUCGAGCUUUGACGCAGAUACAGAUAAGGCAUUGCAGGUAAAUAGUAGUACAAUAACAGUGUCAUUUGAGGAUUUCUUGAGGAGUCAAGGAGAAUAUAAUGUAGAUCAUGUUGAAGAAGGCACAAAGCCAAUACUGGAUAAUUCUGUUACAGCAACUGAAAUGGACAAAAGUGGUAGUACUAGCGACCCUGAAAAGUGUGAGGAAUCUCAACAGGUACCACUUAGAACAGUAACUGUCCUUGCACAAGUUCAUUCCAUUCCCCCCAAAUUAGCUCCUUUACAUAGGGAGCAAAAAGGUUCUAUGAAAAUAGCUUCCAUUUUUUUGAAGCAGAAAGGAUGUAUAGGAGAAAAAGAAAGUAGCCCACCCCUUUUGGAGAGUGAACAAACUGAACACAUUACUCAGAAAAGAAAAUCUAAUGUAGUCAUUGAGGAAGAGGAAUUGGAGUUAGCUGUACUAGAGACUACAGGAUCAGAUCCUUUGAAGACAAAAUCUGCUCUGGAAGAGAGGCAUCAGUUUAUGAAAGCAUUCAGACAACCAACAUCAGAUGUAAUAAAAAGUGGAGUUAAAAAGGCACCUGGAAAACCAAAACAAGUAACUGGAAAAUCUUCAAAAGACAAAAAAGGAUCCGAAGGUGACAUUGGUUCAAAUAAGGGAUUAGAAAGCGGAGUACCAGAAGACUGUGUGGAUAAACAUAUGCAUUCUCGUCCUGGAAACCAUAGAACUAAAACCAAAAGACCUAAAAAGUUUCAGAAAAAUGGAAACAGAAGAAGGAAGGCCUUGGAAGCUAAGGAAAAAUGUGUCUUAAAUACUAGUGAUUACAAUGAAGAAAAGGAUUCAGGAGCUAAUCUUCAAACAAAGGAAAAUAACUUGAAUGUAAGAAUUUCAUCAAGUCCAAAAGUUAACAAGUUGAGGAGGAGUCUAAGACAGAAGAAAGUUGACACAUACAAAACGGUUACACCUAAAAAAAACAGAAUUAGAAAUACCUUUUCUGAAGAUGAAAGUGUCUGUCCUUUACAGACUUCCACACCAAAAACUAGCAAGCAAUCCUUGAAAAGGAACAUGUAUAAGGCUGAGGUGAUUACAGUGCCCUCUGAUGCAAACAGUCCAAUAAGAAUGAGGUUUACGCGGAUCAAUGCAACUCUGAAAUCGAAUAAAGGUGAAGCAAUGAAAAAUGAAGAGUUAAACUCCAAAAAUAUAAAGAUAAGCUCUACUUCUAAAAAUAUAUCCAAAGCAAAACAGCUGGUUGAGAAAGCAAAAGCUAUACGGCAUAAUAGAUCAAAGGUCAAUGAAGACUUAACGACUCCUGUGAGGCGCUCAUCUCGACAGCAAGCUCUUGCUGAAAAGAAACAAUUACAAGCAAACGAAAAAUCAGCAAUAAUUAUACAUUCAAGCCUGAGUAAUGCCACUACUACAAUGCAGAAUGUGAAGCAAAAGAAUCUUCGGAGCUUAAAUGAUGUCUUGGGGAAAAAGUCUAGAAAUAUGAAGGCUUCUAAGAACUCAAAUGGAAAACUGGGAUAUCCAUCUUCAUUCCUAGGCAAAAAUACUCAAAAAUCUGCAGAUGAACCAAUUGUGAUUUUUGAUGAAAGCAGCCAAGAUGCAUCGGAAAAUUCUCAAGAUGAUGAUCAGUUCAGAUCAAAACGUGAAUUCUUGAUGAGUGGUUUGCCAGAAUUACUGAAAAGACAGAUCGCAAAGAAAGCGGCAGCAACAGAAGCGUAUUCUCUUGCAAGUUCAUGUUUUAAGACUGUUGUCCAUGUACAGCAGAAGGAUGACUGUCAUCCAAUGUGGAAAUUGAAAUCACCAUUGUGUCCUCUAUUAACUAAGUUAAGGAAACUGAGUACUGAGGUCACUAAUGUCACAAAAAUCACCAUCUCACUUGGUGAAUUUUCCACUGUGAGAUCAGAACUGACUGGAAACUGUUCUGCACCUGUGUUUUCUGGUCACCGAUCAGUUUUUCUCGAUGCAGUCAGGAAAGGUUUACUAGAUGAGAUCGUGUCUUCUAACUCUCAAUUUCCCGUGAGAAAAUACUUUUAUGCAUUUCUGAGAAGACAAACGGAGCGAUUGCUUUUUGAGAACAGUACACAAGAAAGCAGAGAUGGUGCUUCAAAUUCUGAGGUAAAUCAGAAACAUUCUGACAACUGGAAGGAAACUAAGAGGAAAAGGAAAGAAACAGAAGACCAUAAAUCAAAAAGGAGAAAACAAGUUGAGGGUACAGAGAGUGAAUUAAAAUCCAGAGUUUCCAGGAACCUUACUGCUCCUGUAUCUGGAGGAAAACAAGUAGAUGCAGCACAAGCAAAGCAUUUUGGGAAAAACAAGAACCAGAAACCAGAUGUUAUGAUAGAAGACAAUGAAUAUUUAUCAGAGCCAAAUGCACUUUCAGGUGUUGAAAAGGAAGACAUGCUCUGGACUGAAAAGUAUCAGCCUCAAGACUCCAGUGAACUUGUAGGGAACAGGAAAGAAAUUGAAAGGCUACACAGCUGGUUAAAAGAAUGGAAAAAAAGAGCUGAUUGGGAAGAAAAAAGAAAUCAAAAAGGAGAAAAAGAGGACAUAGAACACCAAGAUUCUUUGGACAGCCUUGAUUUUAAAGGUAAUGAAUCUGAUAUUGAGGAAGAGAUUAACCUCUGCAAUACAGUUCUGAUAACUGGCCCACCAGGAGUGGGGAAAACUGCUGCAGUGUAUGCUUGUGCUCAGGAGCUUGGUUUUAAGAUAUUUGAAGUCAACGCCUCUUGCCAGCGAAGUGGUAGACAGGUACUGUCUCAACUAAGAGAAGCUACUCAGUCUCAUCAAGUGGACAAAAAAGGCAUUAAUGCCCAUAAGCCUUGCUUUUUCAACAGUUGUAGCAGUGCAAAGUCACCAAAAAAAACGUAUUCUCCGAAGAAAGUUAUUUCACCAAGAAAACCUCCACUUUCACCAAAAGGAGCAGGAUUAAAACGAAACUUGCCCCCUAAAACACUUGCAAACUAUUUCAAAAUGCCUUCCAAAUAUAAAGGAAAUGAUGGAACAAUAACAUCUCAAGAGAAAAAUAAAGUUCUUCAUCGAUCUGCAGGAAAUGUUCAGAGUUCAUCUGAAGAAAAAGAUGCUCAAACUAAGUCAAUAAGCAAAGAAGUAGAAGGAGGAGAACAUAACAGAAAAAGCGCGACGUCUCUCAUACUUUUUGAAGAGGUAGAUAUAAUAUUUGAUGAAGAUGCAGGAUUUCUAAGUGCAAUAAAGACGUUCAUGGCAACUGCAAAGAGACCUGUAAUUCUUACUACUAAUGAUCCAACAUUUAGCUUAAUGUUUGAUGGCUACUUUGAAGAAAUCAACUUUAGAACUCCUUCCUUGAUAAACGCUGCUAGCUAUCUGCAAGCACUGUGUUUGGCUGAGAAUCUACGAACAGAUGUAAAAGAUUUAGCUGCUUUGUUAACCACAAAUAACUGUGAUAUCAGACAAAGUGUUCUCUUCUUACAAUUUUGGGUUAAGAGUGGAGGUGGAUACUUGAAAGACAAAUGUUUGGCACUUCAUGGAGAAGAUGAGAUAAACAAAGCAAAUCAAGUAAUUAAUUCUGAGAAGGCUACUGAUUCAAAGAUUGAAGUUUCUCAAGCUGAUGCACCUCUUCAGGAGUUUCCAAAAUGCGAUACAGGCUGUGUAGAGACAUUGCUCGGCCUUAGAAAUAUCCUGUUGCCUUCAGAAGACUUGUUUACAUUUCUUAAGCAGAAAAUCACAACCAUGGAGAAAUGGGAUAAAUUGAUACAGCUUCUCACAGAAUUCCAGCUGAAGACAGUGGAUUUUAUAUAUAGUAAUCUCGAACUGCUUCUUCCUUUACCAGUGCAUUAUCUUUCAAACCAGUCUGAAGCCUCUAACUCCACACUUGAAAGGACUACCAUAGUUUCUUCAAAAAACAAAUCUAUUAACAGCUACUGCUCUAGAAAAAAAUCUAAAAAGGCAAAGAACAAGAAAAGGCUUGAUGUAUUGGAUGAUAGUGACUUAUUUGACACUGAACUGAACUAUUCAGCUGAAUUCUUAAGUUUGCCAUCAGAUAGUCCUACAUCAUGUGCUGAAGCGAAUAGCGAGGAAUCAAAAUUGAUGAUGAAUAGAGAAGGAAAAGACAUGAAAAGUAAAACCCCAGCAAAUGAUAAGAGAUCUGCUCUUGUUUGUCAGUGUCUGAAUUCACUGACUGAAUUUGUAGAGAACAUGUCUUUCUUGGAUUGCUGUGUAAACAGUAACACCAGGGAGCCACUGGAGUUCUCUAAAGAUGAAGGAUUUAAUUGGACAAAUGGCAAAAUCAAAAAUGGUCUUUGUGAUGAAUUCAGUAUAGAAAAUACUGAUUGGUGGAGUUCCCAGAGCUGUAGUGAAGUAAAGGCAGCUAUUGAAGCACUCAGUUUUAACAAAUGUUCUGUUAGUAUUUCACAAAAAUUGGAAACCUCCUUGAGCUCCAGUAAAACACCUGAAAGCAAUCAACUUGAGGGACUUACUAUGCAUAUUUCAAACACAAGAAAUUAUGUAUCCUUCAAUCAGUCAGCUGAUUCAAGCAUUCACGAAAAAGCACAGAAGAGGUUGGCAGUCAUCAGAACUAUAUUUUCCAGAACCCCUUUAAACCUGGGUAACAAGCAAGCCAGCGUACUCGAAUAUCUCCCUACUCUUCGCAGUAUUUGUAGGUCUGAGAAGAUUAAAGAGCAAGGAAAGACUAAAAGAAGGUUCCUGCAUUAUCUUGAAGGAAUUCAUCUUGAAAUACCCAGACAAAUGAUGCACAGUCUGUCUCUAGACUUCCCUUAAAAUCGCUAACACAGAAAUACUUUGUGCCUAAUGGUGGUUUUCUCACCAUGGUUUGACUUAUUUUUUUUGAAAACACAUUAUUGUAUAUUCAGAGCCAUUUGUAUAUUAUAUUUCUAUAAGUAUUUAAAAUAAUGUAUAUAUCUAUUGUCAUGAUAUUGUUUUUAACAACUGAAAUGUUGGUGCUUGUCUAGUAAGUGCAUUUAGAAUAUUAAAUGUACAAAUUAAUCAGGGCUUCAUGCUAUCUUUCUCUGUAAUCUGUGAAUCAUGUAGCAAGAAGUCCUUAGUUGCUUUUUUCCAAAAAAAAAAAAAGUCACAACUUAUACAGCAAAGGUUUUUUUUUUUUUUUUUCUUUAUACCUCACCCACUCACCACCAGGAGCUGCCUUUAGUACAAGAAGCUCGUUUCUUUCAGAAUUCGCAUAAAUGUUAAAUAACACAGGGUGAGGAGGGAGCAGGGAGACCAAGCAAUAACUCUUGUGAAAUGUAAAUGACAGCAACUCCCUUCACAAUAACAAGUGGGUAGCAAAGUCUUUACAAAGCACUAUGCCUCUAUGUACAUAUAUUUGUAUACAUUGGUUUCAACUUCACUCAUUAUUUACAGCUAAUAUGCAUAUUGAUCUUAAAAGGGUAGAGAAAUGAUUACUGUAGCUCAUGAUGGACUUGGAUAUUAGGCAAGACUUUGUAAAUAACAAUUAUUCCAGUGUUACUUUGAUUUCAGUAAUAUUUAACUACUUCUAGUCUUGUAUAUUGUGUUCUAUUUUUAUACUUCAUUUUGUAUUUGGCAAGACUUCAGCCUGACUAUUUGUGAUUGAAUCUGUUUUUAUACAAUAAAUUUGUGACACUUUGCUAUAGUUCUGGAUAUUUGAUAUAUAUAUAUAUAUAUGAAAAGUAAGACUUUAAAAUGUAAUGUUUUUGGUCUAUAAAAAUAUUUAAUUUUUUUAACUGGAAAUAUCUCAACCAUGUUUUUUAUACCUUUAUAUUUCAGUUUUACUGUUCUUCCUCCUCAAACUGAGAUUGUUGCAUUACAGUGCCACUCCAUUUACCUCAAUGUUUCUAUAAUAAUGAGGAAGGCUAUUUUCUAGUACCUUCUGUUCUCAUCCUAUAUUUUUCAUGUCUUAACGAUGUUCAGGAAUGAGAAAUAUUUAUAAAAACGGUAAAUUAUUUUAAGGAUUU